AUGACGACGCCGGAGGACGUCAAGGAGUGGACUACAGAAGCGCUGUGCGCUAAUUGGAGCAACACAGCACUUCGUAAGUUUCUUUACAGCGGAGAAUUCUCCGAUCUGACCAUUCGGUGUGGAGAUCGAGAGUUCAAGACUCACCGUGCCAUCGUGUGUCCUCAGUCACCUUUCUUCAAGGCCGCUGUCGGUGGCAACUUCGAGGAGGGUGGUUCUGGGAUCGUUGAUCUUCCAGACGAUGAUCCUGCUCUCGUCCAGUACCUCAUCGUCUUUCUUUACACGGGCGCUUACUGGGUUCACAUCAGCCCAGACCACUGGGACAUCCUCUGUGAUAGCCAGUUAAAGGGUGAUGAGGGAACAGGCCAUGAGAUCCUCGAGAGACUAGAGAGACCGCCUGUGCCCAGGAGUGCCGACACCUCUGUCACUAUCCCUGCCAAGAGGUACCAUCCUGGCAGGCUACCAUGUGGAUAUCAGAGAGGCGUGCCAGCAGCUGCCGCAAGGAAGGAAAACCAGGCGCGAGAAAAUAUGAAGCACUCGAUUCAAAUCUACGUGUUGGCCGACAAGUACGAUGUUCCGGGGCUGAGACUCCUGGCCAGGGAUCGAUUCUUGGAGAGUGGGAAAGAGUGCUGCAUCACGAACAAUCACGAACAGCUGGCACUCGAAAUCCUGGGAGGAUACGAAAUUCUUCUCGGAUAUUGUGGACGUGAUCUACAAGAACACGCUCUCGGAAGGGGACCCCUUGCGUCUGGCAUUGCACCAGCUUAUCGGCAUGAAGGAGGAGGACGCCGUGAUGAAAUCGAGGAUGCGGGGAGAGAUGGGGCUCCCUCGUCCACCGGAAACGAGUAUCGGGAUGAAGAGGACGACGGGAUAGACGCGUUCUGCGCCACGUCGAUUCACGCGUCCCUGUCAAAGCUGCUGCACAGCGAAAAAUUUUCCGACAUGACCAUUCGCUGCGGUGGGCGUGAGUUCAAGGCCCAUCGUGCCAUCGUCUGCACCCAGUCCUCGUUCUUUGACCGGGCCUUGAGCAGUAACUUCAAGGAAGCUGCUUCUCGGGUUGUUGAGCUGCCUGAUGACGACCCGGAUGUCCUUGAGCGCUUUCUUGAGUUCAUGUACAAAGGCACGUACUCGGAUAAUGUGAACCACACGUGGGGAAAGCCAUCCAUCGUCGCCAUGAUGAGCCCUGAAGGGGUUCAGGAGAACCUGAACGACACACCUGGUGUGCCUGAAGAUUUCUUAGCAGUUGGACCUACCGGAGCUGACUCUGACGAGAAUGAUUUGGAUUACAAACCACCCAGUUCCACAUCCACGGGGUCCAACUCCAACUCGGAGCCCGAGGAAGAAUACAACGAGUACUAUGGCGAUAGCACUUCCAAUAGCGAGCAAGAACCGGAACACUCCCCUGAAAAGCCAAGCCUCGGUACCAUGUCCGUCAUGAAGCUGUCUGAGCUGGUGGCACUAGACAAAGAGGAGGCGAUGCAGAGAUUGGUCAAGAUCCGCAACGACAUGGCGCUCCCCCUUCGCUUAUACAUCAUGGCGGACAAAUACGACGUACCUGCCCUUCGUCUAUUGGCGAGGGAUCGAUUCUACCGGGCCAUCGAGCUCGAGUGGGAGCAUGCGGAAUCCUUUCCGGACAUUGUGGACGAACUCUACCUCGGCACACCGCAGACCGACACGGCCAUGAGGGAGAUUGUGUGUCGAAUCGUCGGGAGCAGGAUCCUGAGCGACAGGGUCAGGGAGAAGAUGAGGCCCAUCAUGGAGAAGCACGGUGACUUUGCCGUCGGCGUUAUGGAGUAUGCCAUCCACUCUAGCAGGAUUCGAUAA